AUGAUGACGGUGGCUCUGACCCUCCUCACAGGAGCCAGUGCAUUCCUGCUGGGAGUUGGGCUGUGGGUUAUGUGCAGCCAGUUUGCAACUGUGGAUAUCCCUUCAGGGAUUGACCAACCCUUGAAACUGAGGAUCUUUAGCUACAUUUUUCAGCUGCUGCUAACGUGGGGGAAGAUUUUUGAGAAAUUGGGACUCUGUCAUGCGACAGAAUUUGUCAGUUUUGUGCAUGAUCUGCCUCCACUAAAGAAGCAUCCAGGUGUUGUGGUCACAGACCUCUACUGUGGGACAAUCCCUGUGAAGCUGUACAGGCCAGAGGGACCCUCGAGCACUCCCCAGCCUGGCAUUGUCUUCUAUCACGGUGGUGGGACUAUCCUGGGGAGCUUAAAAACUCAUCAUGACUUCUGCUCACAUUUGUGCAAGAAGAGCGGCUCAGUGGUUCUGGCAGUUAAAUACCGCAAGUCACCCAGGUACAGGCAUCCAGUGAUGACAAAUGACUGUGUGGAGGCAACCAUCCACUUCCUGAAGUCCCUAGAUGCACAUGGAGUGGACCCAGCUCGGGUUGUUCUCUGUGGCGACAGCGUGGGAGGGGGCUUAGCAACGUUAAUUUGUCAAAUAUUUGUGAACCGUCCAGAUCUCCCCAGGAUUCGUGCUCAAAUUCUGAUCUAUGCCGCACUCCAAAACAUACACUUCCAGUCCCCUUCCUACCAGCAGAACAGCAACAUCCCACUGCUCACAUGGAAUUUGGCUUUCUACUCUUGGUGUUGUCACAUGAACAUCAGCCCUUCCUGGAAAAGUGCAGUCGAGAGAGGUGCCCAUUUGCCUCCGGAAGCCUGGGAGAAGUACAGAAAAUGGUUGGGCCCAGAAAACAUUCCAGAGAGGUUUAAGAAGCGAGGCUAUCAGUCCAGACCCCUUGAGCCCCUGAAUGAGGACGCUUACCUGGAGGCAAAAAUGUCUAUGCAUUGGACAUGCUCACCCCUGAUCACAGGAGAUGACAUAGUAUCUCAGCUCCCAGAAGCUUGCAUUGUGAGCUGUGAAUACGAUCUUAUCUGUGACCAUUCACUCUUGUACAAGAAGAGACUGGAAGACCUGGGGGUGCCAGUGACUUGGCACCACAUAGAGAAUGGUUUUCAUGGAGCGCUCACCAACAUUGAAAAAGGUUUCUUUCACUUCCCCAGCUCCGUAAGAAUUCUGGAUAUGGUAGUCAAAUUUAUCAAGGGAUUGUGA